UCUUACGAAAUGUUCACCAAGCAUAUAUAAAUAUAUAUAUAUAUAUAUCCGUUUAAAGGUAGAUUCUUUGUAAUACUAUUUAUAAUCACCUAUACAAUCGAUUGGAACUUGAAGGUACACAAACGGAAAACAGAAUGAUUACGGGUUGAGUAAUGUUUGGCUUGUUACUCCUAUCGAUAUUGGCUGUUCCAGUAUGCUGUUCUGUCAAUGUUGUUCAUAUUUUCUCAGAAGAUAUUGUUGAAUCGUUUCGUGAUCACCCUGCAGGCUUCGGUGGUAGUUUACCAGAUACAGGAAUCAAGGGAUUCCUGAAAUAUUUGAAACCAGUUUCUCAAGGUUCGUGUAAUUAUUAUGAACCGUCACCGCCUUGGAUCGACAGCAGUACAGUAUGGAUAGCAUUGAUGGAACGACAAGGUUGUGAAUUUGUCAAUAUGGUACUCGCUGCACAGAAACUACAUUACAAUGCUGUGAUAGUACACAAUAACAUAACAAUGCCUAAUUCCAAUUCCGUAUUUGAAAUGACAGCCAAUGGAGCAUCGGGAAACAACAGCAAGAACAUUACUAUACCAUCUGUUUUUAUUGGAUAUAAAGAUGGAAUAUCAUUAAGAGAGUAUGAUCUUAGAAAUGAUGUUAGAAAUAGUUCCAGGUACUUGGUACAAAUUAAAGACGGCAAGGAAUCUACUGAUUCCGACUCGGAACCAGAUGAUUCGAAUCCUCCGGCUUUUGUAUUUUGGGGAAAUCUAGUGUUGACAGUACCAUUAGUCUUCGUCGUAGUAUGCUGUACUUGUAAAGUUAAGUAUGACCAAAGACGAAGAACCUCUACAAAUACUCUUAGAACUCCCAAAUGUUUGAAAACAAACAGAAAAGAAGCCCACGAAAGUCCAAUCAGAAUGACAAAAUUUACAAAAGACCACAGAUACGAAACUUGCCCAGUGUGUUUAGACGAUUUUAUUGAGAAAGAUAAGAUAUGGAUAUUACCUUGUGAACAUGAAUUUCACAUACACUGUAUAAAACCAUGGCUGACUGGAAAACAGAGAACAUGUCCUGUUUGUAAAAGAAUGUCAAUUUCCUUGGAUGUUAAGAAUGUGUAGUAUGCAACAAAUAUGUAAUCAAACCAAUAUUUAUGUGUGUUGUGAUUUCUAUGUGUGAAUGAUGACAAUCAACAAAUGAAGAUAUGCAUUGUUGUUGAAAAACAAUCUUUGUCAAUUUAAUGUCUUUUAAUAUUUAUACUUAUGUUUUAUACUAUUUAAGUUUUUUUUAUCAUUUGAUGUUUGUUUGUGUAGUUACCAUUGUUACUACAAAACCAAACGCAUAUGCACUGUGUUAGUUUGUAUGUAUGGUGAUCAUUUGGGAAAAUUGCAUGUGAAAUUGAAAGGUCUCCACAUAUUGUAUUCAUGCACUCACUAUUUAUGUAUAUCUAAAUGUUAAAAUGGCGAUUUAUCAUUACGUUAUGUUUUCAGACCAAUGUUUGCAUUUAAUUGUAUUUUUCAUAUUUGUUAACUUGUACCUCAAUAUUUGAACCAAAUAAAUUGUAUGCACCUUA